AUGGCUCCGCCAUUUAUUGACAAUACCAGAUUGAGGCAGCAUGUGAAACAAUGUAUGGAAGAUGGGUGUUUCAAGGAAUUUCCAUGUUUGCCAAGUUAUAGAACUGCAGUGGGGGAUAGACAAUUUAAAACAGACUUCACUCUGCAUUGCAUAAAUUCACGACAGGGUCAACAAAAGAAGAAUCGAGAACGAAUGCCUUCUGACAUUAUUCAAAAUCAGCAAAGCAAGAAACGGUCAAGGCAGAAUGACAGUACUGAAAACUUUUACACAGAAACAGUUACAGAACAGGAAGACAUGAGCCGUUCUAGAAAGAAACACUCUCCUGAAGAGAUUCAUUCUCUUAAGUGUAAUAAUGCACGCCUGCGUAAACAACACUCAAGGCUUAAACUGACUCCUGAACAGAUUGCCAGAGAAAGAGUAAAAGCCCAGAAAGGAAUGAGUCGUACAAGAAUCAAGAGGACUACUGGAGAAACGGCAAGAGAAAGAGUAGAAGCCCAGAAACGAAUCAGUCGUACAAGAAUGAAGAGGACUACUGAAGAAAAGGCCAGAGAAAGAGUAAAAGCCCAGAAAGUAAAGAGUCGUACAAGAAUGAAGAGCACUACUGAAGAAAAGGCAAGAGAAAGAGUAGAAGCCCAGAAACGAAUGAGUCGUACAAGAAUGAAUCGGACUACUGAAGAAAAGGCCAGAGAAAGAGUAGAAGCCCGCAAACGAAUCAGUCGUUCAAGAAUGAAGAGGACUACUGAAGAUAAGGCAAGAGAAAGAGUAGAAGCCCAGAAACGAAUGAGUCGUACAAUAAUACUACUGAAGAAAAGUCCGCUGAAAAAUUUCAAGACAAAGAACGCAAGAAACAUGCGAGAUUGA